AUGUACAAAAAUAGGCGGAAAUUACGGAAAUUUCUCCACUAUCUGCUAUUCCUGCUUACAUUUCUGUUGAUAUGGUGUACACUGACGAUAAUCAUACUAUAUAUACAGGAUGCGGUGAUCGAGCCCUCACCGCCGGUAGCAGAGCAUCGAAACAGUAGAGCUGUGCAAGUAGUAGUCGGACAUUACAACGGGAAUUUACCGCAGGAGAAAUUGAGAAAUUUGACUAGCGAGGAGAUCAACGCUAACAACUAUAACCCUAUUCAUGGUUGGGGUGAAGGUGGAAAAGCUGUUCGAUUGACGAAGGAAGAGGAAAUUCUUUCCGAUGAAACAUUCUCUAUUAAUCAGUUCAGCAUUUUCGUCAGUGAUCGCAUCGCUCUGAAUAGAACAUUGGGCGACUAUCGGAAACCAUCUUGUCGUACCAAGAAAUACAGAAAUGUCACCGAAUUACCCUCAACAUCUGUAAUUAUCGUCUACCAUAAUGAAGCAUAUUCCACGCUUCUCCGCACGGUUCAAAGUGUCAUCGAUCGAUCGCCGCGAAUCCUUCUUGAAGAAGUCAUCCUUGUUGACGAUUUUUCGAACAGAACUUUUCUAAAAUAUCCUGUUCUGGAUGAAGCUGUUCGUACCUAUUCGGUGCCGGUGAAAAUAAUAAGAACCAAGGAUCGUGUAGGAUUAAUCAGAGCGAGAUUAAUGGGAGCUCAGGAAGCCACAGGAGAUGUUCUCACGUUUCUUGAUUCUCAUUGUGAAUGCACUGAAGGAUGGUUAGAGCCGAUGUUGGAUAGGAUAAAAGAAAACCGAAAAGCUGUCGUUUGCCCGGUUAUCGACGUAAUAAACGAUCGCACCUUUCAAUAUCAAAAAGGUCUCGACAUGUUCCGCGGUGGUUUUAACUGGAACCUACAAUUCAGAUGGUACGCAUUGCCAACCGAAAUGGCUAAGAAGCGACUACAAGAUCCAAGUUCUCCAAUAGCAUCUCCAACAAUGGCUGGCGGCCUGUUUAGUAUAGAUCGUCAUUAUUUUGAAGAACUAGGAACGUACGAUCAUGGAAUGGAUAUAUGGGGUGGUGAGAAUCUGGAAAUUUCAUUCCGAAUAUGGCAAUGCGGUGGCAGAGUUGAGAUUCUCCCCUGUUCACAUGUGGGGCACAUUUUUCGUCACGUUUCUCCGCAUGAUGUCCCGGGGAAAUCCACAGGAAAGGUCCUUGAUGGAAAUAUGAUUCGAGUCGCUGAAGUAUGGAUGGACGAGUGGAAAUAUUUAUUCUACAAAUUAGCCCCACAAACGGCAAAACUCCGUACAUUAGUGGAUAUGAGUGAACGGAUGGAACUCCGACGUCGAUUGCAAUGUAAGAGCUUCAAAUGGUAUCUAGCUAACGUCUUCACCGAUCAUCAUAUGCCUAUGGACGGGGAUUUUUUCGGCAGGAUUUAUUUUACCGGUGAAGGAAUCAAUUCUACUUGCUUAGCAUGGGCGCUUAACUCGUCCGGCAUUAAAAAAAGCACCCAAAAGCCGUGUAGCGAAAAAGCAGACAAAACACAGAUCUCUGUAGGAAAAACGAAACCUUACUGUAUAGUGAAUCGACCUGGUGAACCUGGAACAAAGAAAAAUCGCCUAAAUAUGUCUCCUUGCACGUUAGGAUCCGAUCAUUGGCAGUUCUGGAUAUAUACAGCAGAGGGACGACUGAAAUCAGAUGAACAUAUGUGUCUUUCGGCAAAUCAGGUCAUUCAUACGAACGGUGAAUGGGCUGUGCAGUUGAAGGAAUGUGCUGGUUAUGAAAACGAAGGUUGGGACUAUAAUCGACGGAGAAAAACCUUUAAACAUCGUAAGAGCGGCAUGUGUCUUACCCAAGGAGUCCUUGAGCUGGAAAAGCAGGAUAAUUUAUCACCGCCAACUCUGUCAUACUGUAGUCGCGGCGUCCAAGAACAGAUGUGGUCAUUGAACAGCAAUCAAUUCUCCAUUAUUUUCAUUAUUAUUAUUAUUAUUAUUAUUAUUUUCAUUAUUAUUAUUAUUAUUAUUAUUAUUAUUAUUAUUAUUAUUAUUAUUUUCAUUAUUAUUAUUAUUAUUAUUAUUAUUAUUAUUAUUAUUAUUAUUAUUAUUAUUAUUUUCAUUAUUAUUAUUAUUAUUAUUAUUAUUUUCAUUAUUAUUAUUAUUAUUAUUAUUAUUAUUAUUAUUAUUAUUAUUAUUAUUAUUAUUAUUUUCUUAUUAUUAUUAUUAUUAUUAUUAUUAUUAUUAUUAUUAUUAUUAUUAUUAUUAUUAUUAUUAUUAUUAUUAUUUUCAUUAUUAUUAUUAUUAUUAUUAUUAUUUUCAUUAUUAUUAUUAUUAUUAUUAUUAUUAUUAUUAUUAUUAUUAUUAUUAUUAUUAUUAUUAUUAUUAUUAUUAUUAUUAUUAUUAUUAUUAUUAUUAUUAUUAUUAUUAUUAUUAUUAUUAUUAUUAUUAUUAUUAUUAUUAUUAUUAUUAUUAUUAUUAUUAUUAUUAUUAUUAUUAUUAUUUUAUUAUUAUUAUUAUUAUUAUUAUUAUUAUUAUUAUUAUUAUUAUUAUUUUAUUAUUAUUAUUAUUAUUAUUAUUAUUAUUAUUAUUAUUAUUAUUAUUAUUAUUAUUAUUAUUAUUAUUAUUAUUAUUAUUAUUAUUAUUAUUAUUAUUAUUUUAUUAUUAUUAUUAUUAUUAUUAUUAUUAUUAUUAUUAUUAUUAUUAUUAUUAUUAUUAUUAUUAUUAUUAUUAUUAUUAUUAUUAUUAUUAUUAUUAUUAUUAUUAUUAUUAUUAUUAUUAUUAUUAUUAUUAUUAUUAUUAUUAUUAUUAUUAUUAUUACUCAUUUUUCCAUUAUUAAGAAAUCCUAAAUGA